GUUUUCAAUUGCAUUUACACAAAGCCCAUCAAUGGAUCUCUUCAUUGUCUUGGUGAUUUGUCUGUCUUGUUUGAUUCUUUUUUCUCUGUGGAAUGCAAGCUAUGGCAAAGGAAAGUUGCCACCUGGCCCCACUCCUCUCCCAAUUGUUGGAAAUAUGCUACAGAUAAAUACUAAGAACAUCAGCAAAUGCAUAAGCAUGCUAGCAAAAGACUAUGGCCCUGUGUUCACUGUAUAUUUUGGCUUGAAGCCCACUGUGGUGUUCCAUGGAUUCAAAGCAGUGAAGGAAGCCCUGAUUGAUCGAGCAGAAGAAUUCUCUGACAGAGGGAGUUUUCCAGUGGUAGAAAACAUCACUCAAGGAUUAGGCAUUGUUUUCAGCAAUGGAAAAAAGUGGAAGCACACCCGGCGUUUCUCCCUCAUGGUUUUGCGGAAUAUGGGGAUGGGGAAGAAAACUAUUGAAGACCGAAUUCAAGAGGAAGCCUCGUAUCUGGUGGAACUGUUAAGAAAAACCAAUGCGCUCUCUCCUUCAAAUUGCAAGGGUGUGCUAGGGCAGGGAGCAUGUCUCAUUCAUCUUUUCUAGCUCAGGAUAGAGCAAAGUGUCUGACACAUAAGAGCUUGCACACGUUUGCUGAGUGAAUUAACGAAGGAUUCUGUCUUUUUUCAGCUCUACAAUGCCCUCCCUCUAUUACAUUAUCUCCCAGGAUGUCACAAAGAUUUAUUUAACAACUUUGCUCACCAAAAAGAGUUUAUUUUGGAGAAAAUAAAAGAGCAUCAAGAAUCUCUGGACAUCAAUAACCCUCGGGACUUUAUUGAUUACUUCCUGAUUAAAAUGGAGAAGGAAAAGCACAAUGAAGAGUCUGAAUUUACCAUGGAGAACUUGGUCAUCACCAUAUGGGAUAUGUUUAGUGCAGGAACAGAGACAACGAGCACCACAAUGAGAUACGGCCUCUUGCUCCUGCUCAAGCACCCCGAGAUCGCAGCUAAAGUCCAGGAAGAGAUCGACCGUGUGAUUGGCAGACACCGGAGCCCCUGCAUGCAGGACAGGAGCCGCAUGCCCUACACGGAUGCUGUGGUGCAUGAGAUCCAGAGAUACAUUGACCUUGUCCCUACCAACUUGCCACAUGCCGUGACCCAGGACAUUCAGUUUAGAGAGUUCUUAAUUCCAAAGGGCACAAACGUAUUAAUACAUCUGUCUUCUGUCCUGCAUGAUGAGAAAGAGUUUCCCAACCCAGAGCGGUUUGACCCUGGCCACUUUCUGGAUGAAAGUGGCAACUUUAAGAAGAGUGACUACUUCAUGCCUUUUUCAGCAGGUAAAAGAAUUUGUGCUGGAGAGAGUCUGGCCCGCAUGGAGCUGUUUUUAAUCCUGACCAGCAUUUUACAGAAUUUUACCUUGAAACCUCUGGUUGAUCCAAAGGACAUUGACGUCACCCCAAUUUCCAAUGGGUUAGGCACCAUACCUCCCUUCUAUGAGCUCUGUUUCAUUCCUGUCUGAAGAAAGUGCAGGCUACCAGACUUCAGUGCAAGACUGUCCACCUGCAUCUGAACAAACCUGUUGUAUUCUGACCUGUGUACCAGCCAUUAGCUACCUUUGUUUUUUUUUUUAUUAGGAGGAAUAUUAUCUGUGAGCCUUGCCUCUUUUAAUAUUUUCCAUCCUUUGAGAUCUGUUUCAAAUUUUCCUGCAUGAUAGAAUGUUCACUGUUUGGUCUCCAUUAAGAUUCUUUUUGUAGGGGUGGUGCUUGUGGCUCAGUGGGUGGGGCUCUGGCCCCAUAUGCCAAGAGUGGCAGGUUUAAACCCGGCCCCAGCCAAACUGCAAGGAAAAAAUAGC